GCCCAAGCAACAAGGGGAACCGAGGAACAAAUCUGGCUUCUAUCUUGGGGACACAGAGGUUCAUAAGGUGAAGAAUUGCCAGACAUGAGAAGGUUACUUAAAGGUGCUAGGUGACCAAAAAGAAUGAUAGAUCAAGGAAUCUUUGGAUUUGUUUGAAAUAAAGGUAUCAGUUAGUCUGUAUAAUUAGGUAGCAUUCAGUGAACUUAACUUUGAAAUAUAACUUUGAAAUGAAAUGCAAUGGAACUUGGCUGUAUAGGUAAAUAAGGAUAUAAAGAAUGCAGACACUCCCAAAUAUAUAUCUAAAACAUAUAGAACACUAUGGAUCUGUGUAUAAUUGGGAAUGAGAGAAGAGGAAGUAGUUAAGGCUGACACAGGUUUUGGUGAUGGGGUAAAUGGUGAUACUUCAAUGAGAUGCGGAACAGAGGAGAUGCAGAUAUUGUAUGUGCGUGGAUGCGGGAGUUAGAAGAUAGUUUGGGACUUCCUUCCUCUUCUGGCAAGAUGGCGGGCGGAAAAGCUGGAGUGACUCUGAGGCAGCUGCAUCUUUCCCGCCAGGAUCUCAGCACCUUGGAUGUUACCAAGUUGAUGCCAUUUUCACAGGAAGUUAUCAGCAGACAAGCCACCAUUAAUAUAGGUACAAUUGGUCAUGUGGCUCAUGGGAAAUCCACAGUUGUCAAAGCUGUUGCUGGAAUUCACACUGUCAGGUUCAAAAAUGAACUAGAAAGAAAUAUUACAAUCAAGCUUGGAUAUGCUAAUGCUAAGAUUUAUAAACUUGAUGACUCAAGUUGCCCUCGGCCAGAAUGUUAUAGAUCUUGUGGGGGCAGUACACCUGAUGAGUUUCCUACAGACAUUCCAGGGACCAAAACGAACUUCAAAUUAGACACGUUUCCUUUGUUUGUCUGUCCUGGCCACAGUAUUUUCAUGGCUACUAUGCUGAAAGGUGCAGCAGUGAUGGAUGCAGCUCUUCUGUUGAUAGCUGGUAAUGAAUCUUGCCCUCAGCGUCAGACAUCUGAACAUCUGGCUGCUAUAGAGAUCAUGAAACUGAAGCAUAAUUUGAUUCUACAACAUAAAAUUGAUUUGUUAAAAGGAAGUCAGGCUAAAGAACAAUACGAGCAGAUCCUUGCAUUUGUCCAAGGUACAGUAGCAGAGGGAACUCCCAUUAUUCCAAUUUCAGCUCAGCUGAAAUACAAUAUUGAAGUUGUUUGUGAGUACAUAGUAAAGAAAAUUCCAGUACCACCAAGAGACUUUACUUCAGAGCCCCAACUUAUUGUUAUUAGAUUCUUUGAUGUCAACAAACCUGGCUGUGAAGUUGAUGACCUUAAGGGCGGGGGGCGUGUAGCUGGUGGUAGUAUUCCAAAAGGAGUAUUAAAGGUGGGUCAGGAGAUAGAAGUAAGACCUGGUAUUGUUUCCAAAUAUAGUGAAGUAAAAUUCAUGUGUAAACCAAUCUUUUCCAAAAUUGUAUCACUUUUUGCAGAGCAUAAUGAUCUGCAAUAUGCUGCUCCAGGCAGUCUUAUUGGAGUUGGAACAAAAAUUGACCCCACUUUGUGCGGGACAGACAGAAUGGUGGGGCAAGUACUUGGUGCUGUCGAAGCCUCACCUGAGAUAUUCACAGAAGUGGAAAUUUCCUAUUUCCUGCUUAGACAGCUUCUAGGUGUACACACUGAAGGAGACAAGAAAGCAGUAAAGGUGCAAAAGCUGUCUAAGAAUGAAGUGCUCAUGGUGAACAUAGGAUCCCUGUUGACUAGUGCUGUCAAGGCCGAUCUGGGUAAAAUUGUUUCGACCAAUCCAGUGUGCACAGAGGUAGGAGAAAAGAUUGCCCUUAGCCGAAGAGUUGAAAACCAAUGGCGAUUAAUUGGUUAGGGUCAGAUGAGAAGAGCAGUGACAAUCAAGCCACCAGUAGAUGAUGACUGAAGAAUACCGGUUAAAUAAUACAUUUGGAUGGAGUUGGAAGUUGGAAUUUCUCUUAACAACUGGGGGUUUAUUUUCAAAGCGAUAUUGGGGAAUUGAUUUCACAGUUUGUUACCUUAGUAGGUAGCUGUAAGGUUAUUCUCUUUUUUUUUUUUUUUUUU